AUGAAUAAUAAUAGUACUAAAAAGGAUAAAUGUAACGAAACUUCUGUAAGGAAUGAAAAAAAUAAGAAUAUUAAUGAAAUGAUCGAUGAAAUAGACACCAAUGUAAUUUUGCAGAUUAAUUCAAUGAGUACUGAAAAUAAAAAAAUUUUUUUAAAUAAUUAUAUAGCAAAAAUAAAAUACAUGAAUGAAAAUCAUUCUAAACUAAGAUAUUAUGAAAUAUUAAAUGUAAAUAUAAACUCAGACGCUAAAACAAUAAGGAAAAGUUAUUUAUUACUGUCAAAAUUAUUAAGUGUUAAUAAAAAGUUAUCAAGUGAAUAUGAAGAAUGUUAUUAUUUAAUACAAAAAUCUUAUAAAAUAUUAACUGAUAAAUUUGAAAAAUUUUAUUAUGAUGUUUUAAAUAAUUAUAUUGAUGAGUCUAUGAUAGAAGUGCAAAGAGGAAUAUUAGAAAAAGAAGCUGAUCUCAUAUAUGCAAAUAAAAUUGAUGAAUUAAAAGAUGAAUAUAAUGAAAAAUUAAAAGAAGAAGAAAAAAAAAAUGGGUUAAUAAUAGAAAAGGCAUUAUUUGGAAAUUUAGCUCUAAAAGAUGAAUAUAUAAAUAAUUGUUUAAGCAUAAAUCCCAUUACUGAAGAUCAUAUACAAGGCCCUUUUUUAGAUUUAACAGUGCUUUUGCAAUGUAGAAUUGAAAAUAGUUCAUUAUUGUUCAAUGAUGAUGCUUCAUUUGCUUAUUUUUUGGGAAUUCCUAAACCAUUAAUUAAAAUAUCAAGUAAAAAUAAGAAAUCCUAUAUAAAUAUAUUAGAAGAUACAGAAAUGCAUCUAUAUAUCAAAUAUAAAUUCUUAAAUGUUUAUCAUGAAUUAAUUGUAGUAGAUAGAUCAACUUUUACUUUACCUCAAAGUGCGCAUAGAGUUUUUGGAAAUUAUAUUUGUGGUCCUUUUUCUCCUGUUAAUGUAAUAAAAUUGAAACAGUUAUCUAAUUCAUUUAUGGAUAACAUUUUUAAAUUUUUUUCCAAAAAUAAGGUUUAUAUUACUUUAUUUACAACAAUUAUACUAUGUGCACAAUCUAUUAAAUCUAUAUAA